GUUUAAACCAAAAAAAAAAAAAAAUCGCAUCUUGGAGAGAUCAGCAGCAAGCAGUAAAAAUGGCGUUAGCGAAGAAAGGAACGGGAGUUUCGAUCUGGAUAAUUCUGUGGGCGAUCUUUGCUACCUUCGCCCUCAUUCAGGUUUACUUAUAUGCUAAAUCAACAAAGGACAAUCUGAAGGAGAUAACACACAAGGUUUUCUUUGAUGUCGAAAUUGACGGGAAACCUGCUGGUCGGGUUGUGAUGGGCCUAUUUGGAAAAGCUGUGCCAAAAACUGCAGAAAACUUCAGAGCACUGUGCACAGGUGAAAAAGGUGUGGGCAAAAGUGGGAAGCCUCUUCAUUACAAAGGAAGUACAUUCCACAGGAUUAUUCCAAGCUUUAUGAUUCAGGGAGGUGAUUUCACUCUCGGCGAUGGAAGAGGAGGAGAGUCUAUUUAUGGUACAAAAUUCGCUGAUGAGAACUUUAAAGUCAAACACACUGACCCAGGGUUUCUAUCAAUGGCAAAUGCUGGUCCAGAUACAAAUGGAUCGCAGUUCUUCAUUACUACUGUAGCUACUAGUUGGUUGGAUGGAAGGCAUGUUGUCUUUGGCAAAGUGAUCUCUGGAAUGGAUGUUGUGUACAAAGUAGAAGCUGAAGGCCGACAAAAUGGAACACCUAAAAGCAAGGUGGUAGUUGCAGACAGUGGGGAGCUUCCUCUGUAAAACAUCUUAUUUGUUGUUGAUCUUGUCAGUGGAUAUUUCCUCAUGUGAUAUCUACGAAAAUACCUUUUGAUUUUUGGGUGUAUCCAGGUACUCAUAUAUUUGCUAAAGGAGAAACAUUGUAAUAGUCAUGAGUUUUUUUCCCCUUUUUUCCAGCUUCAAGGAGAAACAUUGCAAUAGUAAUGAGUAUUUUUAGCUUCUAAAAUUUGGGAGCAUACAGAGAUGAUGAUUUGGUUAUAAAAAUACAUUCCAUUUGAAUUAA